AUGUCGGACCGUCCGCAGUUCUACCCCAACACGCUUGAACUGCCCCAAAUCAAUCAACCAACGCUCCACCAAGCGCUCACUGACCUUAGUACUGCGGUCCACAAUGGCGUCAAAAUCAUCGAAACGGGAGAUCCUGCUCGUGGGCAGUACGACGGGAGAGGUAUAUUCUCGGGGGACCUAGGCAUCGCCCUGACAUAUCUCCGUCUAGCCCACCAAGCGCCAUCGCUAGGAGAACGUGGAGAGUCCAUCCCGAAUUUCUACGCUCUAUCCGUAGCCCGGAUCCCAGAGCACGGUCCAGAUCUCCCGCUCCAGGUAGGUGGGCUCUCGCCUCUACCUUCGAAAUCGCCAAUUGCCGCAGUUGCAGUGAGGAUCCUGCAUAAGUCUGCCACGGAUAUCGCGGGGACUAUUUCCGACGCUGAUAUCGCGUGUCUCGGAGACGCUGUUAAACUGGCCCUCAGCCAUGGUGCUACCAGCUUCUAUCACGGACAUGACCUCGGUGCCGACGAAGUGCUGUUUGGUCGGACUGGGCUGCUUUGGGUGCUCUUGAAUAUUAGAGCCAAGGCCGACACUUUUCCGUCUGCGCAGCGAGAACUGUUACGUCCGGUAUUGGACGACAACAUCCCUGACCUCCUGCGUCGCAUCGUUGAUUCUGGCCGAGAGGGAUCGGCUCAUUAUGUUAAGAAGCAUGGAGAAAAGGAUCCCCUUCCAUUGAUGUGGCCGUGGAUGCCGGGGCAUUAUGGGAUCGGAUGGGCGCACGGAUUGACCGGGAUCAUCCCCGUCCUCCUCGCCAGCCACCCAGAGGAGGUAAAGCCGUACCUCAGCGAAAUAGGACGCACAAUCACAGCCCUCUGUAACAUCUGCAUCGAGAACGACGGACACCUCCCAACAACAAUCCCCCCGCGCCACUCAAACUCCUGCCGCGACGCCCCCCUCGUUCAGAUCUGCCACGGCGCACCCGCAAUCCUCGGCCUGCUCGGCUCGUCUAUGAAGAACACCGAUCUCCUCCUCAACCACUGGACACCGGCGUGGGAAACCGCCGCGCGCCUCGCGACCGAGCGCGUCUGGGACGAGGGUCUCCUCUCCAAGGGCGGGAGUCUAUGUCACGGUAUCACAGGAAAUGCAUGGCCAUUGCUGAUGCUGCAUGAUGUGUUCGAGUAUAGCCGUGACACACUGAGCAGGGCGCGUGAGAAUUACCACUCCCGACAAGAACAGGGACAGGGAGCAAAAGAGAUCCCGGAGAUAUUAAGUGGUGACUUCUUCCUCGCAAGAGCGCUCGCAAUGAUCCUGCACGCGCGCGAAACACAGCCCUACAACCAUGCCAAGUCGCCAAAGACCGCAUCGAACGACUACCGCAUGCCGGACCACCCGUACUCGCUCUUCGAGGGAUUAGCAGGGAUGCUAUGCGCGUGGGCCGAAACAGUUGCUGUGCUUCGGGCGCGGCUGCGCAAGAUGGAACUUAGCGAAACUGAGGGGGAGGGGGGUCUUGCCCAGGAUGAGGCUUUUGAGAAAUGCACCGAGCAGCAACUAGGCUUCCCGUGUCUUGGUGGGAAUGGGGCUGUUGGGGUGCUUUAA